AUGUCUUUUCAGACUUUGUCCGUAAACCUUUUGGCCUAUAAGACAGGGUUUUGGUCCUUCAUUAAAGGUGCUCGAAAUUAUCAUUUGAGUACAAUAUCGAAUGCAGCCCAAAAGAAAACUGUCACUCUCAUACCAGGUGAUGGUGUUUGGCCAGAACUCUUUGUCUGUGUUAAAUCUGUUUUCAAAGAAUUCAAUGUUCCUGUAGAAUUUGAGGAAGUUAAUCUUAGCUUUACUGAUUCAGAUCCGGAUACUGGUCUCAAUAAUGUUGUCAACUCUAUCGUUAAAAAUAAAGUCGGUUUGAAAGGAAUUAUUCGUACACCGAUUGAAACUCAGGGAAUUAGUGCACUGAAUUUAAGAAUGAGACGAGCUUUGGAUCUGUAUGCGAACGUUGUUCAUAUUCGUACUUUGAAUGGAAUUCCAAGUCGUCACCACAACCUUGAUUUUCUAAUUAUACGUGAACAAUUAGAAGGAGAGUAUUCAUCACUUGAACAUGAAUCGGUUAAGGGAGUAGUGGAGUCAAUGAAAAUUAUUACGCGACAGAAUUCUGAGCGCAUCGCAAAGUUUGCAUUUGAUUAUGCUGUUCGGAGUAAGCGUAGAAAAGUAACUGUUGUUCACAAAGCCAACAUUAUGAAAUUAAGUGAUGGUCUAUUCCUUGAAACGUGUCAGAAUGUAGCAAGACUUUAUCCGCAUAUUCAAUUCAAUUCAAUGAUCAUAGAUAAUUGUUGUAUGCAACUGGUUAGUAAUCCUCAACAAUUUGAUGUCAUGGUUAUGCCUAACUUGUAUGGUAAUAUAGUUGAUAAUCUUGCCGCUGGUCUGGUGGGUGGUGCAGGUGUCGUACCAGGUGUAUCCUAUAGUCAUGAGGUUGCAGUUUUCGAACCAGGUACAAGGCAUACAUUCGCUUCAGCUUCAGGCAAGGAUGCAGCUAAUCCGACAGCCAUUUUGCUAGCCAGUUCAAACUUAUUGCGUCAUAUAAACCUGGAGAGUUAUGCUAAUAAAAUUGAAACAGCCGUGGUCAAAGUAAUUAAAUCAGGAAAAUUGUUAACUUCGGAUGUGGGUGGGAAUUCGUCUACAACAGGAUUUACUGAAGCUGUAAUGAAACAAGCUCAUUCUUCAAGAGAUCAUGUUCAUUAUGGUUACGACUGUACAGCUCUUGGAAAUGAUUCGUCGGUGAAUAACGACUUCAAACGGAGUUUCAAUGAACUGAUUUAG